AGACAAGGUCAUUCUUGGAAACCUCGAUCACGAAAAUUACAUUUCUAUUUUGACUAUUACAGAAACGGAGGUUGAGGCUUAUAAUGUCGCUAUUAUCAGUGGUAGUCAUCUUGCUUCUUGUUAUCUAUCA